AUGCAGCUUACCGAGGAACAGGCCGCAGAGGUCAAAGCUUGGGUGGUGAAAAAGCUGGAAGACAUCUCAGACGCGGAUUCCGAUGUGCUUGCCGAUUAUGUUUUAGCCCUCAUAAGGUCUGAUGCUCCGGAUGAUGAAAUUCGAAAAGCCUCGGUUGAAAACUUGGAGGACUUUUUGAGGGAGCAUACUGCCAACUUCGUCGAAGAGCUUUUCGCUACAUUCGCGCUUAAGCAGACACCCGCGGCUCCGGCCCAGGUACAACUUCCUCAGGCUGCCACCCAGCCAUCAGCACAAGCGGUCCCGCUAGCAGGAUCAUCGAACGGCUCGUACGGCCCGCAAUCGCAUGGUGACAAUUUGAGCCGCAAGCGCACAUACGAUGAUGGCUUUAGCGACAAUCACGGGCAUGAGAACGCUCAAAGUCAUCGGAACUUUAAGAACCCACGUCGUGGGCGGGGUGGGAAGAGCGACUGGACAGGGAGAGAUGGACAUCCCCCGUCCGGCCCUGGGCAGUUCCCUCAUUCCGCUGGUGGAUUCCCUGUUAUGCCUCCGUCGUUCCCCGGAUUUGAUCAGAAUGAUCCAAUGGCAACAAUGUUGGCCCUACAAAGCAUGGGCUUCCCACAGAUGCCGGGGAUGCCUCCUAUGCCAAUGCCACCAGGUGGAGGCCCCGGCCAGCAGCCUGAUCAGAUGGGACCGAAGAGUACGGAGAAAUGCCCCUUCUACGAGACGCAGGGUAUCUGCUAUUUGGGUGGUGCUUGUCCGUAUCAGCAUGAUACGGUGGCAGGUGCUCCAAAGGAUGAUGAAUAUGACCCGAAAACAUCAGGCAUUGUUCCUGAUUCCAGACGCCGUCUUGAUGGUUCAAUGCGUGGUAGUGACAGAGGCCGCGGUCGUGGCCGUGGCAGUGAUAGAGGCGGCUUCAACAAUCGUGGUCGCCGAUCCGAAUUUUCUGCUGCCGGCCCUAGCGAUGACCCCUCCAUGAAGACUAUCGUUGUGGAGCAGAUUCCCGACGACAAGCUUGAUGAAUUCACAGUCAGGGAGUUCUUUUCUCAAUACGGCGAGAUCACAGACCUCCAGCUCCAGCCGCACAGAAAACUAGCUCUAAUAACCUACGCGGACCAUGCCACCGCCAAAGCAGCCUGGUCAAGUCCUAAGGUGAUCUUUGACAACAGAUUCGUCAAGGUCUACUGGCAUAAACCGAAGGGACACGACCAACGAGCGGGUGGUAAUGGGCGCGAAACUCCCCAAACAUUUGAUGCAGAGGAAUUCCAGAGGCAGCAGGAAGAAGCGCAGAAAGCCUACGAGGAGAAACUCAGGCAGCGCCAGGAAACAGAAAAGGCCAAGCAAGAGUUAGAAAGACAGCGCGAGGAACUCCUUAAAAAGCAAGAAGAGGAAAAGCAACGACUACUCCAGAAGAUUGGCAGCGCGACAUCCGGCAGCGCAACAGCUAACGGCGGAGCAUCCCAAUCUCCCUCUGACGAAAAUGUUAGUGAACAAACCAAACAACUCCGGGCCCAGCUUGCUGCUCUCGAGGCCGAAGCGAAGAGCCUUGGUUUAGACCCCAACCACUCUUCUGACCCUGGCACAUCGUACCGCGGUCGUGGAAGGGGCUUCGGCCGCGGCGGCUACCCAUCACGUGGCCGCGGCUACGACCCAUCAUCUCGCGGCUCUUAUCGCGGGCGAGGUGGGUUCCCUGCACGCGGCCGUGGCGGCGUCCUGCGCCUCGACAAUCGCCCAAAGCGCAUUGCUGUCUCUGGCAUUAAGCCGCAUUCUGAGCAGGAUGAGGCGUUCCGGCAGUUUCUCAUUGGCGUCAGCGAAUAUGAAUCCAUAACCCCCAACCCGAACGACGAAAACUCUCUCAUUGUCUCCUUCAAGGAGCGCUACCAAGCCGAAAAAUUCAUGUUUGGCCCCCGCAAUAUUCCCUCAGUCGGCGAGGUUCAGCUCUCAUGGGUGCCCAAUCCGCCGAUCUCUGUUCCGUCACAAUCUUCAUCAACAAGUCCAGACCAAGGUCAAGGUCAACAAACAGUGGCAACGCCAGGGGGCUCGGGUCCAGAUGCUAAGACUGGCGCUGGGUCUGACGAAGAUAUGAUUAUGGAUUCUGUGUCGGCGGAACAUGACCAGGAUCAGGCUCGUGUGAAGGAGAAUGGAGCUGCGACUGCGGAAGUCGAUUACGAUGUUGCGGAGGUGGAUGAUAGUUGGGGAGUAUGA